GGCUACUUACUAUUGGGCGAAAACUCUUGUAAAGUUGUCACUUUGCUGUCAAGAUCUUACACCGGUCUGCCGGCAUUACUAUCAUCAACCAAAAAAAUGCGAGUUAUAGUGAUCGUAUUCAAUAUUUUGCUGCUUUGUGCCUCGUCAUUGGGAAUUACUUCCUUCCUGAAUACUAAUGAUCAGUCCAGAUUGAAGGAUAUUCUGCUUUCUGGCUUGAAUAGUGAAGAUGCAGCUCCACUCGAUUACGCUAUUCGAGGCCUGGCACUUUUAGAUUCAGACAUCCCAAACAAAGAUGGCCUUUGCCAGAAACUCAGUGCUAAACUUGAGUCCCAAAACACUGAAACUCUGUUUCAUAUAGGAAAAGUCUCUUCCGUUUUAAGCUGUUCUGCUCAGCUAUCUACAACACAAAAAGAGAAACUAGAAGCAGCCAUAACUGCUUCCAGUGGAGUGUCAGAGCUCUUUUUUGCAACAGGAGCCCUUUCUUCAUUUGGUGUCUCACUUGAUGCUCCUAAAGUUUUGAAAGCACUUAAUGCUGCUCUAAAGAAGGAUGACAGUAUUUCAAAUUUGGGACAAGCAUUCCAGAUUGCUUCUAUUUUGGAUGGUGAUGUUUCAUCUAUAUUUGGCAGGAUUGAAGAUGCUGUUGUGCAAGCUGAUCAGGUGGAUGGGAAGAUGUUGCAGUUUGAAGGUGGUCUUAGUGUUACAGCUCUAGUUAUUAGUGGUGCUUAUAAGCUAGCUAAUACAGUUGGCCAAGCUCCUUUGAUUAGUAAAGAACAAGCUAACAAGUUUGCUGAAUACUUUGUUAGCCGUAAAUCUGUUCAGACUGUCAAGGGAAUUUACUACCUUCUGGAAGUCACCUCUGUGUUGUCUGAUAAUGCUUUCCACAUUCCUGUUGCCAUCACUCUGGCUAGCAAGGCUGCUGUUUCCAAGAGUGAACCCAAAUUUCAAGUGAGAGUUAGCAAUAUUCUAGGCAAGAGUUUGGGAUCGCUGAACGUUGUCGCAGAUUCAGCGACUCGUACUAUCGAUGACGCUGUUGUUCUGUCACAGAAGCAACUGACUCCCAAGGAUGGUAUGUUUGAGUUGGACUUGAUGUCAAGCAAUCCCGGCAAAGGAGUUUACAAAGUAGCCCUAAGUGCCUCGGCAACUGAUGAGUCUCGUCUGGUUGGAAAUGUUGGAGCUUUGGUAGAAGUCAAAGUUUUGACCAAGAUCGCUAUCGAGGAAACAGAAAUUGGAACAGCUGACUCUGACCAAUCAACAGCGGCCAAGCUUAAGAAAAUUACAUAUCCACAGAAACUCGACGGCAGCAUCGAAGCUGACUCGCAUCAAAAACUGAUUCUUAAGUUCCUGUUACGGGACACUCUAACAAAGGAAUUAGUAACUGUCCAUCAAGCUUUUAUUCGACUGACUCAUCGCGAAUCCCAACAAGAAAUUUUCUUUGUUGCGGAGCCCGACGUCAAUGAUGCAUAUAAAUUUGAUCUGGAUCUGGCCACUAAAGCUAAGGAUUUUCUGUACCUCUCUGGUCAAUAUUCCAUGGAUUUGAUCGUUGGUGAUGCCGUCAUUGAAAAUCCAACUGUUUGGCAAGUUGCCGAACUUCAACUUUCUUUUGCUGCUCCAAGUGCAGGACUGCCCAAAACAUCCAAGGCUUCUGAAAUGUACCGCGUUAAACCUGAAAUUAAGCACAUGUUCCGUGAACCAGAGAAGCGUCCUCCUGGCAUCGUUUCCAACACUUUCACUCUACUAGUGAUUCUUCCUUUCAUUAUUUUCAUUGUUAUGGUUUCGCGUCUGGGAAUCAACUUCUCUUCCCUAUCAUUUUCGCUUAGCGCUCUUGGGUUCCAUUUGAGCAUUGGAGGUAUUUUCGUCCUGUUCGUUUCCUUCUGGUUAUACCUCAAUAUGUUCCAGACGCUCAAGUGGCUUGCAGUUCUUGCUUUGCCUGCAUUUGUUAGUGGAAACUAUAUGCUAACUCAAAUUGCUGCCAAGAGGAAGAACACCACAAAGCAAAAUUGAUGAUUUAUUUAUCAAUGUGUUCACUUAAAGUGAUUUCUUGAAUAAAAAUAACUUGAGUCUGCUGA